AUGAAGUUCAUCUGGGUAUUUACCGCUCUUCUCGCUUUCGCUACUGCCAACACAAUCAAUCCGAGCUACCCAGCCAAAGACUUCACGGUCGAUUACAACUGGGAGUGCGGCAAGGUGCUAAACUCUACACUUGACCUCGACGACUGUGAAUACUUGUUGAACUGGCUCGGAACCGCUUCCAAGACUGGUUGGUGGACGAUAGGAACAGCUGAUGUGAUGAAUUGGCACAGUGGUUCUUGCCAAGUAACCAUCAAAUCCGGACCUCUCUCCCACUUUGUCCUCAACAUGAACGGCGCGGAGUUUGGUAAUGUCACUCAGUGGGCGUACAAAGAUAGGUGUACUCUUACGGGGCAACGCAGCAUGAUCGCAGCGAAGAAUUCUAGUUGGACGGCCUACAUUGUUGAGAGUGGUUGGAAUCAUAUGACCGGUGUUUUCUAG